AAUUCUAAAAAAAAUUGUUCACGAUGAAUUUCUCUUAAUACUAAUUUUGUUUUUCUACAGAGAACAUGGUCAAGGAACAAUUGAGGAAUUGCGAAAUCGACACUUCAGAAAGGAAUUGGAAGAAAGAGAGUGGAUAGACAAGGAUAAAGGAUCAAGCCGUCGUGCCAUUGAACCAUCCAGGGAAUCAACUGCAUCCAGUGCAAAAAAACGAAAGUUAGAUCAAGUUCCUUUCGCCAGCUUAGAUGCACUUGAUGAUGAAGAAUCAGAUUCUGAAGAUGAUACUGCUGCGCUUUUGGCUGAACUUCAGAGGAUCAAGAAAGCACGAGUAGCAGAACAAGCUAAGAAAGAAAUGGAGAAAGGCCGUAUGGAAAAUAUCCUUUCAAGAAAAUGGGACGAUGUCGUCUUUAAAAAUUGUGCACGUUCCGAACCGAAGAAGAAACAUGAUGUUUUUAUUAACGAUUCUGUACUAAGCGAAUUCCAUUGUAAAUUUAUGACGAAAUAUGUUAAGUAAUUUAUUAAUUAUAAGCAUCAACAUAUAAAAUAAUUUUAGGCAUUGUAAAUAAUUUUUUUAUUGAAUAAAAAUUU